CACACAUGCGCUUGCUCUACCAAAACAAAGCGGUAGCAGAAGUUGCUGGCUUUCACGCGGCGACUGUCUCAUUUCGGUGGCGAGGAAAUUUAACACUGGUCUAAUGUCAGCCGCGAUUAUAUUAACAGCUGUGCUCGGUGGCGGAGUUUUACUCAUUGCCCGUAGGAUAUUUUCGAGGCGCAAAUCGGUGAAAUUGCUUUGCUUCCCUACCGCAAUGAUGCGCGGAAAGACCAUUAUUGUGACUGGAGCAAACUGUGGCAUUGGGAAAGCCACUGCCACCGAGCUGUUAAAACUUCAGGCCCGUGUGAUCCUGGCGUGUCGGGAUCUAGGAAAGGCAGAGGAAGCAGCAGUGGAAAUCAAGAAAACGGCUGGCCCUGACCAAGGAGAGGUUGUCAUCAAGCAUUUGGAUUUGGCGUCCCUGAAGUCGGUUCACAGUUUCUGCGAAGAUAUUAUCAAGGAGGAGCCCAAGAUUGAUGUGCUCAUCAACAAUGCGGGCCUCUACCAGUGCCCUUACACCAAGACCGAGGAAGGCUUCGAGAUGCAGCUGGGUGUCAACCACCUCGGCCACUUCCUGCUUACUCACCUCCUCCUCGACCUCCUGAAGACGUCGGCGCCCAGCCGCAUCGUGGUGGUCUCCUCCAAGCUCUACAAGUACGGCCACAUCAACUUUGACGACCUGAACAGCACCGUCGACUACAACAAAGCCUUCUGCUACAGCCAGAGCAAGCUGGCCAACCUGCUCUUCACCCGCGAGCUGGCUCGGCGGCUGGACGGCACAGAUGUCACUGUCAACGCCCUCACCCCGGGCAUCGUGAGGACCAACCUCGGCCGACACGUCCGCAUCCCGUUUCUAGCCAGGCCCCUGUUCAAACUGGUCUCCUGGAUGUUCUUCAAGAGCCCACUAGAGGGCGCUCAGACGCCACUCUACCUGGCCUGCUCGCCGGAGGUGGACGGCGUGACCGGGAAGUGCUUCGCCAACUGCGAGGAGGAGGUGCUCCAGCCGAAGGCCACCGACGACGAGGCGGCCAAGAGACUCUGGACCCUGAGUGAGGAGAUGGUCGGACUGAGAAAGUGAGGGACGCCGUCCACCACAGGCCUCAUGGACCAUUUAAAGCCCAGAGCUGUAAGCAUAGCUUUGAGAAGAUUUGAAAGGAGUGUCCACUUCUCCCCAUUUUCAGGACUUAAGUGCAUGUAAAUGGGAUUAUAAUAUCA